AUGAGCGAUGACUAUGCAAAGCCAUAUUUAGAUUUUAUUAGAGCAUUUGAAAAGCUUUUUCUUAUAAAAUCUAAUGAGUCCGUUGAAGAUAUGUGCAAUAUUAUCACAAACGUUUUGUUAUUGAAGUAUCAACUUACCAAAAAGCAGCUUGCGAAGAUAAUUAUCAAAGCACUUCAAUACAAUUAUGCUUCAUGUGAUAACUAUGCCAAGAUAUUCAAGAAUAUCGGAAUGGAAAUUAAUGAUCUUUCAAAAUUAAAAUUCCCAUCUGAGAGUUCAAUUGAAUUUACUGUUAUGCAUGAUCGAAUUGAUAAAUUCAAAGAAUACAUUUCUCAAAAUGAAAUCAAAAAUGAAAAAUUUUUAAAAAUUCCUGUUUUGAACAACAUAGAAUUGAAGAGUGAUAGUAUCAGUUUUUCAUAUUAUCAUAUGAGUGAGAAAGAUAAUCUCGCUUUAUCAUUAAUUGAAACAUGCGCAUAUUUUGGAUCUGUAAACAUUUUCUUUUUCUUAAUUUCAAGCCAAAAGUAUACAAUAUCAAAAAAAAUGCCUUCGAUACUCAUUAAUUGGUAG